UCUCUACGGAAGUUAGUACCAGACUUUAUAUUGUUCAGAUGCAAAUGAGUAGCAUCCCUCACCCUGCACCCCACCCGGUGUCACUGUACUAGCAAUGUCGUCAGCACAUGACACACACUCUUGAUCAAGACCUUCAGGGCAGUUUCAUCCACAUUGUAGCUGACACUACUCAGCUGCAGACAUGAACAACCAAGGCGUGACUUAGGCGGAACUCCAUCAUGCUAAGGGCUCAAAAAGACAGCAAGUGCAACCUAAGGGCACGAAGUGUUCCAUUUCAGUAACUGAGGAGGAGAUAGCCUAUGCAGAAUUAAAUCUUCAAAAUGCUUCUCGGGCCCUUCAAGGGAAUGGCAAGAGCUCUCCCUGCAAAGGCAUCCUUUCUCAGUGUUUUCAUUUCUCUUUCUACUAUUUAUCAUCAUGUCCAGAGAAGCUCAUUGCUGGGAUCCUGGGAAUCAUCUGUCUCGUCUUGAUGUCCACUGUGGUAAUACUAGCUGUUAAUCCCGGUACUGACACACCGGAGCAGAAUAAUUCUUCCCCGGAAACAAGGAUCCAGAAAGAGUGGGUUACAUAUUGCAACAAUUGCUAUUACAUCAGCACUGAAAAAAAACCGUGGAAUGAGAGUUUGAUGUCCUGUGCUUCUAAAAACUCUAACCUGCUCUCCGUAGAUAAUGAAGAGGAUGUGUAUUUGUUGAAUUUAUUCAUUCCUAUUUCGUGGAUUAGAGGUUGCCACAGAAGCAAUAAAAAUUCAUCUGUGUGGUCAAGAGGCUCAACUGUCUCUUCCAAAGUGUUGCCAGUAUCUUCAGAGAGUGACCAGAAUUGUCCAUAUUUCAAUUUUAAAUUAAAGAAGAGCUAUUUUGAAUCCUGCUUAAUCACAAGACCAUAUGUUUGUAAGCACCAGGCACUUUAG